CCACCGCCGUCGCCUCUCUUUCCCUUCCCACCCUACCCCCUGUCCCGACCACAAACCCUACGAUAAACAAAAAUGGCCAACCUCGGUGUUCCCGUCAAGCUUCUCCACGAGUCUUUGGGGCAUAUCAUCACGGUGGAAUUGAAGACUGGCGAGGUGCGUUGUUUCGAUCUGAGAGUGGAGUUGAUCGAGGGGAGGCGUGCAUCUGAAGUACUAGCUGGGACUGUUUGCUGAUACUUCGACUGCAUAGAUGUACCGCGGAAAGUUGAUGGAAGCCGAAGAUACCCUCAACAUCGCUCUCCGUGAAAUAACCGUUACCGCCCGGGACGGUCGAGUCUCUCAGCUGGAACAGGUGUACAUCAGGGGAAGCAUGAUCAGAUUCAUCAUUGUGCCCGAUCUGCUUGCUCAGGCGCCUAUGUUCAAGCGAGUCGGUCCCAAUGCCAUGCGAGGAAGGGGUAUCGGUGCUGCGCGAGGACGAGCUACCAUUCAACGAGCCAACGCCCGACGAGGAACAACGACAAGGACAAACCAAGGUGUCAGGCGUUAAGAGCAUUCGUUUGGAUGGGUUGUCUCGGGUCUUGAGGGGAGUUUGGCGGUGUUGAGGUGUGGAGCAAUAGAGCUCUCGGCCGGCACAUACAGAAAAGAGAUGGCGGUGCAAAGUGUGGCGCAUUUACUCUGCAGUCUUUCAAGACGCAUGUACUAUGACAUGGAAAAUAUCUGCUUCUG